CUCUGGUGGCUGGUAUGUAUAAAUAAACCAUCUCCUGUCUCACUGUGGUUCGGUUUUAUAUCAGUCGGCAAGAGAUGGAUUUGUACUACAACAUUCUAUCACCACCGUCGCGUGCCAUACUGCUGCUUGGCGAAGCACUGCAUCUGCAGUUUAACCUGAUCAGCUUGGACGUACACAGGAAGGACUACGUGAACGAGGAGUUUAAGAAGAUCAAUCCACAGCACACGGUCCCGGUACUAGUCGUCGAUGGUGUGGCUAUCUGUGAACCGGGUGCUAUACUGAUCUACCUAGCCGAACAGUACGCACCGGCAGGAAGCACUUACUAUCCACCCGAUCCGUUACGUCGAGCGAUCGUAAACCAACGGUUACUGUUUGAGUGUGGAACGCUCUACAAGUGUAUCUUCGUGUACUACAGCCCGAUCGUGCUGGAUCGUGCCGUGCCAGUGGAAACGGAUCGUCAAAAGCUGGAUGAAACGGUAGCCAUAUUGAACGGAAUUCUCCAACACAGUGCAUUUGUAGCGGGCGAUUGUUUGACCGUCGCCGAUUACUCGCUAGUCUGUACCGUAUCCAUGUUGGUACUGCUGAAGUUCGAGCUAGCACCAUAUGCAGCCGUUCGACGGUGGUACGAGCGGUGUAAGGAGGUGAUUGCCGGGUAUACCGAGCUAACGCAGCGUGCUGUUUCGAUGUUUCAAAAAUGGAUGGAGCAGGAAAAUAGCAAAGUCUAAUCCCU